AUGCUUUGCUCGUUUUAAGAGGAAUCAAUGCCCUAAGUAUUAUUUACCUUAAAUUUUAGGCUGUGGAUGAUGCUACAAAGGUGGUUAAAGAAGCUUUAGUUGAACCAGCUGCUGCAAAUGUUAAGAAAGUAGUUAACUCAUUGAGAUGAAAAAACUAAAAUGAUGUUGUAAAAGAAAGGUACAAGUAAUUGACAAAUUUAUAAGUUGGAGGAGGAUCAUGUAAUUUUGAAUUCAUAACUAUUAAGCACGAUGCACUUCCCUUGCUCCAUAAGCUACAUCUGUUGCUUAAACAGCUUCAAUAUCAAAAGCAGAGCCAAUAAAGAAGUCUGAAUAACCAGAAGAAGAUUUUGAUAGAGCAUUUAUAUGUUUCAUGUAAUCAAUAUAUUCUUAGUCUUUAAUAUUUUAUUGAUGACUCUAAACCUUUCAUCAACAAUUUCAACGACUUUUCAAGCUUUGCCUAUUAGCUGAUUGUCCUGUCUGAUUAAAAAUAAAAAAGUAUAACAUCCAUCUAUUUAAUUUGUGCUAAACCUUUGUUAUUAUCUCUAUAUUAUGAAUUUUUCAAUAAUAAUUACCUAAGAACAAAUAUUUAAACAAUGGGAUGA